CACGCGCAGGGAAGGAGCUUGGUGGCAGCAAUGUUACCAAGAGUGUAACGAAGGUGUCACGCACUGGAAAGAAGCUUGGUGGCAGCGAUGUGACCGAGAGUAUAACGAAGGUGUCACGCGCUGUGAAGGAGCUUGUGUAACAGGGGAGGUAAUUCAAAGCCGUUGUUUCACUAUAGUAAACUGAUAACUGUCCCAGUUAAACAGCUACAACAAGUAACAGAGAUGGAAAAUCCAGCCGUGACAAUUUUCAGAAAUUACCUCAAGAUAAAGUCCGUGCAGCCAGAACCUGAUUACAGCGAAACUACAGCAUUUCUGUCAGAUCUAGCAAAGGAUAUUGGUCUAGAAUGCAAAGUUGUGGAGGCUCUGCCCGGCAAGCCGUUUGUGGUGAUGACGUGGAGGGGGACGGACCCGGGGCAGAAGUCGCUGAUGCUGCAUUCCCACGUGGAUGUGGUGCCCGUCUUCCCUGAGCAAUGGAAAGUUGAUCCGUUCAGUGCUGAAAAGACAGACAAUGGAGAUAUCAUAGCGAGAGGGUCACAGGAUAUGAAAUGCAUUUCAAUUCAAUACCUGGAAGCUAUCAGACGUCUGAAGGCCGAUGGGAAACAGUGUCUGAGAGACAUUCACCUCACAUUCUCUUCAGAUGAAGAGAUUGGGAGUAAGCCGAUGGCUGCUUUUGUGAAACAUGAGGCGUUCAAAAAGUUAAACGUUGCUUAUGCUUUAGAUGAAGGGAUUGCCAACCCUGGGAAGGAAUUCCGUGUGUUCUACGGCGAGCGCUCCAUGUGGUGGGUCCAGGUGACCUGCAAGGGGCGGCCAGGUCAUGGGUCAGGGUUUAUAGAAAACACUGCUGCCUCAAAAGUGCGGAAAGUGAUGAAUAGUUUCCUCCAGUUCCGUGAUGAUGAAGAAAACAGAUUGAAAUCAGAUCCGAAUCUAAGUCACGGGGAUGUGACCACCGUUAACAUGACAAUACUGAAGGGAGGAAUCCAGUUUAAUGUUGUGCCGGCAGAAUUAGGUUUAUCAUUUGAUAUACGUAUGCCCCCGUCUGUGGAUGUGAUCAAGUUUGAGAAUCAGAUCAAGGCGUGGUGCCAGGAGGCCGGCGAGGACGUCACAUACGACUUUGUUAUUAAGGACACCAAUACUAAGACUGCUCCCAUCUCCAAACAGGACCCCUGGUGGAACGCCUUCAGCUCCACACUGGAGAGACUGGGGGUGGAGUAUAAGACAGAGAUCUUCCCUGCUGGCACAGACAGCAGGUUCACCAGAGAGUGUGGCAUCCCUGCCCUGGGUUUCUCCCCGAUGAACCACACCCCCAUCUUGCUGCAUGACCACAACGAGUUCCUCAACGAGAAGGUCUUCCUGCGCGGCAUCGACAUCUACUACGAGAUCAUCCCUGCCCUCGCCAACGUCACAGCCUAAAAGGGGGACUCAUUGCUUGAGUGUUUCCCAUGCCAGGCAGUCAGACAGUGUUAUCUGUGGCAUUUAGCCUUGUUUGGAGGAAAGAACACCCCUUGUCUCACCGAUGUACUUCAGUGGUAUGAAUACUGUAAUAUGCAGAUUUAUUUAGUCAAGCUAUUUAGGUAUUAUUUAGGCAGAUCUAUGUUUUGGUGCUGGUCAUGCUAGCAUAGCAUCCUCAUCACUUAUGCAAUUUUAUGGUUUCAGCUUGUUAAGUUUGUUUUGGGUUUUAUUUAGAAAUCUGUAUUAACAAACCUACUACAUUUGUUUUUGUUUCUGACAUGGAUUUAGAACUACAGUCAAGUCUCGUUAAUCCGACACUCGUUAAUCCGACAAUCGGCUUCAUCGGACACUAAUGAUGGGAACCGAUUAAAUCAGUGCUAUUUAAACCCAUUAAUCCGACAGUCGACACUCCGACUCAGACACACCUAAUUUGCAACGAAUUACCGAAAUCACGCAUUAAUCAGUCUCGUUAAUCUGACACAAUGAUCAGCGUACUCCGUGGUCAUCUGCCCGCGAGUACACAGCCCGUGUUUUGAUGCGAAACGAGUUGGCUGGUAGCUGCAUAUUACAACGGCUGCAGAGAUAAACUUGCUUAACCAUAAACAAUUAAUGAACAAUUAGUGUUUGUAUCGUUAUCUUUCGUGUAGUUUCGAUUUUCGAUCAUGAACGUUGAUACUACUUAAUUUCGUUUAUCCGACAUACUUGUUAAUCCGACAUAAUCAUAUGCAGCCAACCAUGUCGCAUUAACAGGACUUGACAGUAUACAGAAUAAAAAUCUAAUAUAUUUUUAAUGUUAUUUGACUUAGAAAAUCUCAAUACAGUGCCUAGUGAUACAAGUAUGUCAAGAAAAUAUUGCCAUGAACUUCUUUAUUUAAUCAGAGUCAUUAUUGGAAUGAAUUUAUGUAAAAUUAUUGCCAAUCAACUAAUCGCAAAGUUGAUAGCGUGUCAUGACAUGGGUCAUGGCUCGCAAUAUCAGUCACUGGAUUGUCUGGUCCAGGCACAAUUAUGUACAGACUGACAUCAUAUAGCUGGAACAUUGCUGAGUGCAGCGUUAAAAAAUAAACAAACAUAUAUUUUGAUCACAGAAAGCAAAGGUUAUGGUUAUCGGACAUGGUUGCCAUGGUUACGUCAUGUAAGCAGGUCACGUUAGAAACUAAACAAAUGAAGUACUGUACAAAAACAUAGUUUUAUUUGUAUAUGUAUGUACAGAAUGAGUUGAAUGAUAUUUCAGGGAUGAUUGUAUUGAAAUUGUUGCAAUAUUUACCAAUUGAACAAAUUAUGUUAUUUGAUAUUUCCUGAUAUUUCCUACUUAUAUUUGAACAUGGAAAUAAACAGUUUUUAAAGUA